UUAUAAUAUAAUAUUGAAAUGGAUAGUACAUUUUUAGGGAUAAAUUUCCUACUAAAUUCAGGUGAGAAAAAGGACCAAAAGAGUGCUAAACCCACAACUACAGAAUGAUCCAAAUCACCUAUACGGAGCGAAGACUCGAAGCUAGAUGUCGACAACCAAUUUUUCAAAAUAGCCCAAGAAACUCAGAGUUGAAAUCAGGAGAAAUAAAAGGAAGGCAAGUAUGAAUAUGGAAAAGAAAAUGAAGAAAAUGGAAGGAUACACUAAGAGCUUCUUUAAAUCAAUGCAACAGGCUAAAGAAACUCAGAAGAAGAGAGACAUCCCUAAGGAGCUAGAUAAAGUUGAGAUAGACGACUGGGAUAGCAAUUUAAAGGAAAUCCAUAAAUAUGUUGAAAAUAAGGAAGACUGCUUAAGAAGCGAAGGGUACUAUUGAACGCUACAUGGCAAUGUUAAGGGCAUGAUCUCGAUUAAAGAGGGAAUCAUCAUUUUUGAUCCCCUAUCUUCAGAGGAAAAUGAAGAAUAUGAUGACUUGUCCAGAUUUAAUUGCUAUAUCGACCUUCAGGAUAUAUGAGAUGUCCAGAUGAUAAAAAUUCCUAAUGAGAGUGCAGCAUAUGUGCAAGAUGAAAAUGAUAGACAGUGUUAUAUUUAUGAUUAUUAUAUCCAGUUUGCUUUAUCUACACUUAAUGGAAAAACAAUAGACAAACUUCUUUCGAAGAAAAUUCAAACAAAGCGUGGUAGUGAUAAGCUGAGAAUCACAGGUUUGAAAAUUGAUGAAGAAACUAAAUUUACUACUGUCACAGAAGUUGAUAAAUCACCUCCCGACAGUGAGAAGAAGCAUAUAAUCGAGAAAUCUCUCCCUGACAAUAACGUGUUCCAUAAACAAUCUAAAUCAGAACCAAAGGGUUUGGUAUUCUUCAGGUUCUCUCACAGGGGCCGUGAUAAAAAGGCUUUAACAAAUGAGCAGCAGGAGGCUAUUGUUGAUAAUAUUUACCAGAAUAUUUACUAUCUAACCUCAAAUAUAAGUCCUAGCAAGUUCUCAUCUUCAAAGGUACCCUUCUACGAUAGCUUAAUCGAUGAGAAUGACAAAGUGAUACCAUACUCAAAUGUAUGCUCAAAAGAUAAAGUUACUAAAUACUCUGAAAAUUAUUACAAGCCGUCUAAUAAGGUUGACACGAGUAUUGUCGAAGAAGGGAUGAGUAUGAAAACUAAAGUAGUCUCAGCAUCCAUCCCUACAUUCUCACCCUUUAUUCCAGGCGUAUCUUCAGCAAUAAUUUCUGAAACCCAGGCUAUUAUGAUCAGCAGAUUCUUGCCUCCAAUGAUUAGGAUGAGAGAGUGGGAAAGAGUCUUCUCAAUUGACGUAGACGGAGCCAGCUACAAAACUUUUUACAAAAAUGUAUACAAUCAUUCAGCAACUAUCCUCAUCAUUCAGGAUUCAAAUGGAUGGAAAUUUGGAGCCUAUGCAGCCUCUGAUUGGGAAAUUAAGAAGCAUUUUUAUGGAACUGGAGAAUCAUUUCUAUUUACCUUUAAAGACACUGACCAAAAUAUCUCAACAUAUAAAUGGACUGGUGAAAAUGACAAUAUUCAACAUUGAGGUGAGACAUCAAUCGCAAUGGGAGGUGACCAAGGAAAGCACGCUUUAUAUAUUAGAAACUAUUUCUUAACAGGCGCUAGUCACAAGUGUAAAACAUUUAACAAUGAAGUUAUAUCCUCAGACGAAUUCUUCGACAUUGUGAAGUUUGAAGUUUGGGGCUUUGAUUGAUAUUAA